AUGACCAACACCACCUCCGACCCGCCCGUAAAGAGAAAGUGUCUCGGAGUCGACUGCCCCAAUGACGCAGGAACUUUACAGUGUCCGACUUGCUUGAAGCUGGGCAUGACAGACAGCUUCUUUUGUUCGCAGGAUUGUUUCAAGAAGAACUGGGUGGGUUUUCUUUCGCUCAACACAAAACCACCCACAAAACGGUCCAGAGCAAGACGCAAAAUGGUAUUCUUCCACUCAAUCCUCACACUAAAGAUCAUUUCUAAACCUGAUCCAGGUAGCGAACUUUACAAUCCUUUCCCGGCCCACCGUUUCACCGGGUCCGUUCGACCGGUCUACCCUCUGUCCCCGAUGCGGACCCUUCCCAAGUCGAUCAGACGCCCUGACUGGUCCGAGACUGGUAUACCGAAGGCAGAACAGCGCUUAAGCCGAACAAAGAUUGAGAUUCUCGAUGCCAAGGCACAGGAGGCUAUGCGCAAGGUGUGUCGCUUAGCGCGUGAGGUAUUGGACAUCACCGCGGCAGCGGUGCGACCGGGCAUUACGACGGAUUACCUGGACGAAGUGUGCCACAAUGCUUGCAUCGAGCGAGAUUCUUAUCCCUCGCCAUUGAACUAUAGCCAUUUCCCCAAGUCGCUGUGUACGUCCCCGAACGAGGUCGUUUGUCACGGAAUUCCCGAUCAGCGCAUCCUUCUCGACGGCGAUAUCCUGAACCUUGACAUCUCUAUAUACCACGGGGGCUACCAUGCUGAUCUAAACGAAACUUAUUACGUUGGUGAUCGAGCUAGAGCAAACCCUGAUGCCAUUCGACUGAUAGAAACGACACGUGAAUGCUUGGACAUGGCGAUCAAACUCGUGAAGCCUGGCACUCUCUUCAGAGACUUUGGAAAGGUCAUUGAGGCACAUGCCAAAUCGCGUGGGUGUAGCGUCCACGCGACCUGGGGUGGACACGGUAUCAACACUGAAUUCCAUCCACCACCAUGGAUCCCUCAUUAUGCAAAGAGCAAAGUGCCAGGUGCUUGUAAACCUGGAAUGACCUUCACGAUUGAGCCCAUCUUGACGCUUGGAAAACCGAAAGAAGUAUAUUGGCCUGAUGAUUGGACAAACACGACGGUGGAUGGAAAAUGGACAGCUCAGUUUGAGCAUACCAUGCUGGUCACCGAAACCGGGGUUGAGGUCUUGACAGCGAGACUGGAAGAUUCUCCAGGAGCUCCAAUUCCGAUCCCUACGGCUGAGAAAGGUGAUAGUACAUAG